UUUUAAAGGUAUUCCAGUCGCAGUUGCUGACACAUAGAGAUUUAGAACGGAUUAUGGUUCCUGAUUCCAGUACUCCAGUCCGCUAUAGAGUAUUAAAGCCCAGUGAAUCGAACAAGCAAGGAUAAAGAAAAUUAAAUUGUUAUAGAGGCGUUCACAACAUUGGCGAAAAAAUGUAUACAACUUUAAGCAACGCCAUUGGUCCUUGAUCCGUGUGACGUGGCGACGUGUGGAACUGCAGCAGCUGACGUGGCCGGUGUGUUGACGAUGCAAUUUCCAAAUGCGGUAUAAACCAUAAUAUUAUUAUCUCCAUAUGUACGGACCAUGGUAUUGUGUAAACAUCGCAGCGGCGUCGCACCGUGCAGUUUGAGAACCCAUGGCUAACACAGUUAUAUGGCGGACUACAGUUAAAUCUACCGCGGCGGCCGACGGAGCGACGCGGCAACGCUGCGUUGCGUGAACGUUGUCGACAGAUGAGCGCUCAUGCGCACGCACGUCCGGACGGCGGGCACUAUCGACACCUAUCAAGUGGCGUCAAAAUAUUAUGUCGUCGUCCGCGUUCCACGGGCGCUCUGGUGCUGCGGAACAGUAGUAUGAUGUUGCGAACAAAAACGAUGUACAAACUGUUGCGUCCGGUUUCUGAACACUCGCAACGUCAUAAUCGAUAAGACAACACCGCAUUUCCGUCACUGCCAUCUCCACUCGCCACAUUCACAGCAAUAUUUAUUUUCAUGUGAACCGACGCCGCGAGUCGACUUGGCGUGCAAGAGAUUAAUGUAGUGCUUACGGUUUUUUGUUAUUAUUCGUGCUGGGACGGCGGAUCUGUUUUGGCAGCAGAGAAUAAAGAUGUCUUACUGUCAGCAUUUCAAUCUACGCUCUAAAACUCUUAUGGAUAAUGCAUUAAUGCCAUUGCAGUAGCAGCUGACGAUUUGCGGGGCCUAGAGCAGAGUAAAAUGGCGGGGCCUAAAAUGUCAUUGUCGUCAGUUGGCAGUUGCAUAUAUUUAAUACUAGGCGAAAUUGUGUUUCUGUGAUUCAUUCAUUGAGCCAGCAAAAUAGCUAACUAAUCAGAGAAUUAAGUAUUUACUUAAUACACACUAUUACCAUGGAUUACUCGGCAGAUAAGCAAAUUGCAAUCGCAAGAACAUUGUUCAAUAUUGCUCACAGUUAUUUGACAAAAAUAGACACUGAUGAUGAACAAGAGGACAAAUAUGAAGACAAUGAAAAAGAUAAAACAAUAAAAAAAGACAUUCAACAAACAAAAGAAGAAGAAGUAAACGGAUAUGGAAAAUAUGACGACACAUUUGACAAAAAACAAGAAAAAAACAGUGGAUUGGAUAAUGAAAUAGAAUUUUACUUACAAGUGCAAGUCGAUUCAAAAUUCCAACAACAAUUAUGUACAAAUGUACAAAAUAAAGACUUAAAAAACCCAAACCCUGAAAUAGAAAUAGAAUUAAAAAUAGAAAUUCCUCAAGAAUUUGAUAAUUCAUAUCUGAAAAAUAUUGAUAAAGAAAAACAACAUUUUAAGGAGGAAGUUAAAAAAAAAUCAAAAAAAAAUAAUGAAUUUAAUCAAAAAAAAGAAAGAGAAAAUAAACAAGAACUAAUUUAUCCAGAAAUAAAUACAGAUUCAGAGUUUCGACAUGGCAUAAAGAGAGAAAUAAAAUUAAAACAAAAUAUAAGUAAAGAGAAUGUACUUGUAGAUUUUGGAAGAAAAAAUAUUAAUUCUUUAAAUACACAAGACCAAACACAAAAAGGGAUUGAAAUUAAAUCACAAGUGAAAGGUAAUAGUGAAGUUUUACUUGAACAUGAACUACAUGAUCAGAAAAACAUACACGAAGAUAUGGAGUCUUUUAAUGAGUCGGUUAAAACAAGGAUUGAACGACUUAUUUGUGAAAUACCUUCAAACGUACAAAAUAUCCAAGAAGAAUUAUAUCGAGAAAUUGAAGAACUAAAUAAUGAAAUCAGUGAACUAAAUUUAGGUAAUUUUAAAGAGUUAAACAUAGACGUUUCAGAAGAAAAUUCUAAGAAGAAUUAUUUUCCCAUUUUUGUAAACAUUUUUAAAAAUCUCUAUUGUUCAUUUAUCCAAGAUUUAACACCUUUUUAUAAUAGAUUAGACCAAUUAAGCAACGACAAAACACAAACAACUGUACAACACAAAUUGAAUGAUGAAUUCUUAAAAAAAUUAGAUAUUUUAUUGCAACAAAAAUGUAACGAAGGACAUCAACAAGUUGGUAAUAAAAUGAUACGCAUAGUUAAUCAAGGUGUAAAAAUGGUCAAAGAAAACAAAAAAUUUGAAUUAAAAAGAGCUGUAGGGUUGCAAGUAAAUCAUGAAAUUGAAAUUAAUGGGGAUAUUAAAGUAAAAGAUUCACAGCAAAAUCACUUAAGACAAACACAGGGAGGAGUUAAUAAAGAUGAAAGAGUUAGAAAUCAGUUAAAAGAAAUUGACAGAAAAGAAAAAUUUCAACAUUAUGACUUAGUUAUACAAUAUAAUCAUGAAAUAUCACAAGAACUAAAUGGACAUGCCCAACCAGUUUUAGGUAAAAAAAUUAUUGUUGACUUCUAUCAAGAUGCAGUAAAGAAAUUUAUGUAUAAAUAUGAUAAAGAAGAAUUAAAAAAAAAAUUAUGUAAGGCAGGAACAGAUGUAAUCGACCAAAAUCAAAAAGAGGAAAAUAAAAAUAUUCAAGUUCAGUUAGAAUUUUAUAAAAAAGUUGAAGAGGAAUUACAGGAAAAAAAUGAAAAACAAUUACAAAAUUAUACUGAAGAAGAAAUAAACCAAGAUCUUAAAGUAAAAUCUAAAGAAAAUGAAACAGAGAUACAAGAAGAUUCUGAUGUCGAAAUAGAAGAAUUUGAAGAAGAAAUGCAAGAUCAUUUUGAAAUUGCAAAUAAUGAACAUUUUGAAGAAGUACAUGAAAAUUCAAAAUUUAAAAUUGGAGCAUUGGAAAGAGCAAUAAUAGUAGAUUCUGGAGUGAAAAUCAAAUAUUCUGAAAAUGAACUACAAGAAGAUUCUGAUGUAGAUGUUGAAGGCUUUGAAGGAGAAAUACUAGAGUUUCCGGAAGUUAAAAUUGAUGAUUUUUAUGAAGAACCACUGGAAAAUAGUGAUUUGGAUACUGAGGACUUAAGUGAUGAAGAAUUUAAUGACAUAAAUGAAGUAAUAGAAAUAGUUGAAGAUAUAAAAGUAGAAUCUUAUUAUUCAGUAGACGAUUAUAUACCUUCGGAUAAAAUACCUACUUCAACAUGCAAUGAAUUUAAUUUAAAAAUGGAUCCAAAUUCUAAACUUACAUAUAAUGAAGAAGAAAAAUUAAAAAUCUCAUCUGAUCCUACAAUAUUUACAGAGCAUAUUAAAGAGAAACAAACAUUUACUGAACUUAAACAUCAAUUAAAUGAACUAUCUCAAGAAUAUAAAGGUUAUGUGCAAAAAAAAGUGUUUAAAGAAUUACAACAUGAAGUAGAUGAUAAACAGUUACAAGAAAUGGAAAAAUUUCCAGAUACGUUUAAUGAAGUAAACCUAAAAACUGACGAAGAUUUUCAAAAAGAAAUUGAUGAAUUACAAAAUGAAUUGUGUGAAUUAAAACCAGAAUUUAUGAGUGAUGUACCAUUAAGUUUUGAAGAUGACAAAUCAAGCAAAAAAUUUAAAAAAAAAUCAUUCAAUUUGUUUGAAAAAUUAUACUCUAUACACAGACAACUAUUACACAAAUUUUCUGAAAGCAAUGAGUGGCCGGAAAAAUAUUUCCAACCAUCAUGUUUGCUGGACGUUUUGUUUGAUGACCCUACCGAAUUCAAACCUAAUGUAUUGGUGAUUAUCUUGCACUCCAUAGACCAAGGUUAUUCAAUAAAAAUUAACACAGACAGGAAUUCAAAAUCACCGAAAGAAUAUAGUUUCAGCUAUUAUGAAGACACAAUAUUAGAACAUAUGGAAACUGAACAUCUACCGCCUGAUUUAAUGGAUUUAUUAGUUACAGCUAGACCCAGAUUAUUUUAUUCUGGAUGUGUUAUUGCUGAAAUUCAUGAUCAGAGAGAUGAGGUUCCAGGUCGUGUGUAUAGGCUAAUACUGCGUCCUUCUAUUAUGUCCAUUCAAAGAGACAUAGACCUCAUAAUUACUAAUAAUAGUGAUCCCACUGACAAAAAUUUUUGGUCAAUUGAUAGAAGACUAGGCCUAGAAAGUGAAAUCCUUAAAAAAGUAUAUCCGGUUAUGUGUAUGGAUCCAUCACCUCUUGCUGGCCUAGUAGUUCAAUUACAGCAUCAAGUGUUAAGUCGUCGUACUAUAGUACUGAAUCCACUUAAGAGGAAAAAUAACUUUUCAAAGCCAAUACCAUUGAAAACAGAUUUGUACAAUGAACCUAAUGACAGCUUAAAUACAUCAAUGUUGUCAAAUGAAUCACAAGGAGGAUCUUCAAAAUUAAUGAAUACUGAAAAUACAAAUAUUGACAAUUAUAUCUUAUGGAAAUUUGAUUUUCGCAUAAAAUCAUUAAACCUAUUUAAAAUGUUUAUAAUGGUCAUAACAGAAACUCUAGAAAUUUCCAUGGUAUUGUGUACAAAUCCAAAGGUUGAUUCUAUUAAAAAGAUAUUAAGGUUUAAAAUACAACCUCAACAAUAUGAAUUAAGGGACUAUAUUAAUAUUAUGCUAAAAAUUUUUCAACAAAGAAUAAGUUCUGAAAUAGAAGUGGUUCGGAGGUAUAAAUUUCAAGGUUACUCAACUCCUCAUUCGUUAAAGAGUGUUCCAUCACCGUUAAAUGAGAAUAUUUAUAAAGCCAAUCAUGCAGAUAUAAGUCAGUUGGUAGAUAUAUUUAUAAAUAACUCACAUAUUAAAUAUAUACCUAUAAAUAAGAAAUUAGAAAACAUGUGUACACAUGAUAGUGGGAUAACUAAAAUUAAAAAUGAAAAAAGCGAUUUAUCACUGAUGCAAGACAAUUUAGAUUCUGGUACUCAAAAAACUAAUGAAACAAAAGAGAAUUAUAAAGUUCAAGACAUUAAAAAAAGUAUGCUGUUUUGUGCAACAAAAAAGUUAUCAACAUAUUCAGACAAAUUUUUAAAUUUAUCAAAUUUGGAUUUAAAAGACCAAAUAGCUGAUUCAUCAUCAUUAAAAACUACAACCAUACCAAAGGACAUUUUAUUUUAUGAGGAUACAUCUUUUGAACCAUCAUUAAUACUUGAUUUAUCAAAUUUGGAUUUAAAAGACUAAAUAGCUGAUUCAUCAUCAUCAAAAACUACAACCAUACCAAAGGACAUUUUAUUUUAUGAGGAUACAUCUUUUGAACAAUCAUUAAUACUUGGUAAAUUUCUCUGCUCAGAAUCUAAUAUAUUCAAAACCUAAUUCUAUAUAUUCAACAAUAUUGAAAAUUAUUUUAUUUUUUUUUUAAUUAGUCUUCAUGUAGAAUUUAAUAAUAUAUUAUGUUGGAAUUUUGUUCUAUUCAAACCUAAAUUAUUCUAAUAUAUAAUAAAAUAUCCUAAA